AUGGCACGGGGCCGUCAUGGUCGCCCUGCUUCAGUUCGUUCUCAUGCUUCGAGAGUCAACCCGGACAUUGAAGUCCCUGCUGUCCGGCCGUCCAGGUCAAGAGAACUUCGAAGUUCAGGCCGUCGUAGUUCUCGCUCACAUGUUGCAGCUUCAAGCGGUUCUGGUCGUAGUGCUUCGCCUUCGCGAAGGAGUGUCCGCGAGCGUUCGCACCGUAGAAGUCGCUCGGCUUCUCGCAGCCCUGAGCCCCCAACGUGGGCGAAGGACAUCUUAAAGGCCUUGGAGACGAAAACGCAAGAGGUCAAGGUUGUCAGAGAACAGCUCGACUCAUUAAAACGCAAGUCUGUGGAGGAGGAGCCCGAGUUCAGAUAUAAGAGUAACAAGAAACAGUUCAAGUUCAACUCUGACGUCAAGGACAAGUUCAACCAGAUUCUAGAGAAGGCUGGGGCGGAUGACGCCAUCACUAAGAUUGCCAACGAAGGUAUGUCACUCCUUGAUAACAGAAAUAAGCUUAUUUCUAUUGCUGACCGGGAUGGCUGGGACGUGGUAGAAUAUUUUGAGGUUGACCCCCUCACUAAAAAUGACGAAGAGGAAAAGAAACUUCGUGUCGCGCGCAAGGAAGCAGAGAGGUCUCGGGAGAAACGAAAUCGAAAAAAUAGUCUGAGAAGCAAAAUGGGAACUCGUUUUAAGUCUCAGUCUACGUCUUCCAAAAGCAGCCCCGGUGCUAACUUUGGCCCAUCACAUAGAAUCGCGGAUUUCCGCCCAGGUGUCGGUCAGCUUUUGGUUAAUCCUCUACCAGAGAAAAAAGCUUCUGUUUAUCGCUGCUUUGGUUGUGGCAAAGCGGGCCAUUUUAUCAAGGAUUGUAAAGUGUCCUCUUCCGCUAAGUGA